ACUGUCGUUUACGAUUUGUUCUUCUCCUAUUUUACAAAAGAAAUAAAGAUUAUCGACUAAACCUGUACGAUUUUAAGUAGCUUCAAGUUCUACGCAUAUACACCGUUACACAGAAAAUCAUACCAAGUCGAAUAUGGUGUGCGACGGCCCCGAUCCUCCUGACAAUUCGCCGCAAGAACUCACACCUCCCCCUCGACACGAUCUCAUGAUGAAUGGCAACAAUGCAGAAGAAAGCGACGAAGAAAACGAAUAUUUCGGCUACGAACCAUUACCACAGGGACCUGAAGCUAUGCAUUCUGACCACGAAAACAGUGACGAUGAGCCACAGAAUAUGGAUACCCAACAAGCUCCCAGUAAUGAUGUACCUGCCAUUGAGCCCAUGGAGAAUGUGUUGACCAGAGAGGUAUGGAGCGCGCCUCGCCCAGUCGACCCGAUUCAAAUGGACAAUGAGAGAGCACAACAGGUAAUGUCAGCCAUGGCCAACUUUGCCCUGCCCCAGGCCUCCAUCCCCGACUGGGCGCAGAGCAUCACCGAGGACCAGUGGAAGCAGACCCUGCAUGACCGGAUAGAGCGGCUCCGGAGUAACAGAUAAACAUAUCCAAUUAUUCAUUUAAGACUAAGCUUCUGUUUAGAGAUGUGCUGAAUAUUCGGUAAAUAUUUGGUAUUCGGCA